AUGGCGGGCUGGGCCGCCCUGCUGGCGCUGCUGGCACUGCCCGCUCUGCCCCGCCGCGCCGCCGCUGGCGGCUGUGCCGCCCGCGGGUUGUGCUGCUCGGGCCGCGACCCGGCCUGCCUCAGCACCGGCCGGCGGCCCGACGGAGCCCACGGGCCGUGCUACUGCGACCAGGCAUGCACCCGCACCCUCGACUGCUGCCACGACUACGCUGAUGCCUGCCCAGUUGUCCCCUGUGUUGUAUCUCAGUGGAGUGUCUGGAGCGGCUGCGCGGAGCCUUGCAAGACAACGUAUCGUGUGCGGAGGAGGCACAUCAUCCAGGAGCCCAGGAAUGGAGGAGAGGCAUGCCCUGCUCUGGAGGAGAGGGCUGGCUGCAUGGAGUACUGGACUCAGCAAGGAACAGAGUGCAAACAGUCCAUGAUCCCAGCAUUAAUAACAACAGGAGGGUUUGGAAAAGCGAGGAAAAAAAGAGCUACAGCUGAUGGCAGUGAAAGAGCAGGGUACUGUGUUGAGUUCCAGCUUGUGGCCAUCACACCAGGCUGCUUGCAGAGCCAUCACUCAUAUACCCACUGGAUGCAGUAUCUCAGGGAGGGCCACACUGUCUGCGUGGAGUGUCAGCACCCAGCUUUAGACCCCAAAAGUCUACAUUGCCAUGGGGAUGGCAGUGGAAGCAAAAUGAAUCAGCUGCUGCACUGGCAGGCAGUAGGGAACCCUCAGUGCAAGGGAACCUGGAAGAGAAUUCGCCAGCUGGACACUUGCUCCUGUCCUUCUGUUCACAGCUUCUUGUUCAUCUAA